UAGCAGCAGAUGGUCCAGUGAAACGUCUUUAAACACACAGAUGCCUUCAAUGUUAUCAUAAAGCUGUUGGGACUUCUUGCAGCGAGCGGCACAAUCUGCCACCACAGAUUAAGUCUGGGUCCUGAUAUUUCAUCAUAUAUCUGGGGGUGGGCUGAUCCUGGAGCAGCAGAAGACUGUAGCUGCAGGUAAAGAGGACUCGUCCCUCAGUUGUCAGCAGCUGAAGUUUUCUCUGAGAAGUUCAGGGUCGUUUCCACAGGUUCCAUGGCUUUCCUCACCAAUCUCACCAUCCUGCUGGUGCUGGCUUGUAUUUCCCACCAGCUGAUGUUGGGCAGCUGUCAGAAGGGUCGAAGGGGGCGAGGGGGACGAGGGGUGGACAAAGGACAGAACAAGGACAAGUCAGGGGUGAAGGUCGGCCGCCAACCCAAAUCUGUCUCCGCGCAGCCCAUCAAGGGGAAGCUGGUCACCAAGGACAAGUCUGAGUGCACCUGGGCGGCCACGGGUGAGGAUGUCUUCGUCCUCGGGGUCACUUGCAGGAAGGGGGACAGAAGCUUCAGCUGUGAAUACGUCUCCCAACCGUCCCUCUGUCAGCGGUACACCUCCAACCCCAAACUCUACUGGAAGCAAAUAGCGAGGGCACUGAAGAAGCAGAGGAACCUGUGCCAGGACGGCAGCGCGCCGGUCAGGGCAGGUAUGUGCCGACAAGCCGCCAGAGACGCUCAUUUCAGACUCCGAGGUGUUCAGAGGGAAACCGUCCAGCCCCCCCCGCCUCCCCCCGCGGCCAGAGCUGUCAAAUCCUGUCAGCCUGGAAACAAGCGGCUGGCGGAGGAGCAAUGCAAUGACUCCUGGUCGAGUCUGUGCACGUUCUUUUUUACUAUGGUGCAGGCUGAUGAUUGCUGA